CCUGUAUCUCUUCCAGGCUAAUGCUAACAGAGCUAGCUUCAGAGUGUCCCGACUGCCGAGGCUGGCAGGCAAGAGGCGACAGGGAAGGACCGGACUCAAGGACCUUUUGGGGGGGAAAUAACCGAGACAACACCACCAACUCGGACGGACACGAAGGGAUUAUAACGUUUUUACUUGCGGUUUGGGGUUUUCCAAACGGAUCAAAGCAUCGCUAACGUUUCAAUGUUAGCUGGAAGUUUGUGAUGAUGUGGUGACGCGACGGGAAGCUAACGUUAGCUCAGUGGCUAACUUCAUAGCUACUUGAUAGAUUAAUCACUUUUAGCAAAGCUUUUAAAACCUAUUUUUAAAUCAAUAUUUUCGGUAAUGUAAGAUAAAUAGCUAUGAGAUGUUUUACCAUGUUGUCUACUUUUAUAUGGAAUAGAGAGUAUCUUUAGAAGUUAGUCCAUUUAAUCUAGCAACCGUUAGCUACCUAGCUGGCUAGUGGCUAACAUUGGCUAGCUGUCGACUUUUAAACUCCCAAAUAAUUCUGUUUCAAAUUAGCUAAGGCUAGCCGGGAUACAACUGUUUCCACCUAACCUUACUGUACCAUCACAUGUCUAUCUGGUGUGAUAUCUUAUUACCAGCUGGUUAAACGUAAUGUUUGUUUGUUUUGAAAAGCAAAAAUAAGACACUUUACUUCCAAAUCUAGAUAUGCAAGCUUACUUAAUGCUAGCUUGCUAACGUUGGGUUAGCCGGCCAAACUUGGAAAACUGCCCCUCUGCUCACUUGAUGUGGGUUUCUCUUUGAGGCCUUUAGGAAAUUAUCCCCUCUUUUUUUCACCCAGAAGCCUCGUUUUUUGACAGCCUUAUUACAGCCCUGCCUGGGAAUGGAUUUGAUAUUCUAAACUAAAGGAUAUUUGUGAAGGUUUUAACACACGAUUGGAGUACCUGGACUUUGUUGACGUUUACUUGGCAUCAUAAAGUAACGUGGAUUACAAAGGCUGUUGGAAUAACUACAUUCUUCAAAGAUGAUGUGCGAGGUGAUGCCCACCAUCAGCGAGUCGGAGGGGGGCGGCGGGCGCCGGGGCUCGGGCUCCCCGCUGCAGUCGGACUCUGAAGGUCACUUUGAGUCGCUGAUGGUGUCCAUGCUGGAGGAGAGGGAUCGUCUUCUGGACACUCUGAGAGAGACGCAGGAGAAUCUGGGCCUGACGCAAGGCAAACUGCACGAAGUCAGCCACGAGAGAGACUCCCUGCAGAGACAACUCAACACCGCUCUGCCACAGGAGUUUGCUGCACUAACAAAGGAGGUGAACAUAUGCCGAGAGCACCUUCUGGAGAAGGAGGAGGAGAUUGCUGAGCUGAAGGCGGAGAGAAACAACACACGGCUGCUGCUGGAGCACCUGGAGUGCCUGGUGUCUCGGCACGAGCGCAGCCUGAGGAUGACGGUGGUGAAGAGGCAGGCUCAGUCUCCUGCAGGAGUCUCCAGUGAGGUGGAAGUCCUCAAAGCCCUCAAGUCACUUUUUGAACACCACAAAGCCCUCGAUGAGAAGGUGAGGGAGCGACUACGUGUUGCUCUGGAAAGAUGCAGCGCAUUGGAGGAGCAGCUCACCAUGUCACACAAAGAAUUGGCGUACCUCAGGGAGCAGAGCAGCCAGAAGAGAGGGCUGGCAGACGGGACCAGCGAGGUCAACCACAACUCGGAAAACACGCCGAGCACCAACGGCAAGCGGUCGUCGGACGGCUCCCUGAGUCAGGACGAGGAGUCGGGUCACGGCUUCCUGAAGGUCGGGGAGCUACAGGACGUCGUCGACCGUCAGACCGCUGAUCUGGGCCAGAUGAAGGAACGCAUGGUUGCCAUGGUUUCACGCAUCAACGAGCUGGAGGAGGACCUGGACACGGCCCGAAAAGACGUCAUCAAGUCCGAAGAUGUGAACACGCGGCUGCAGAGAGACCUGAGAGAGUCCAUGGCUCAGAAGGAUGACAUGGAGGAGCGGAUCACCACCCUGGAGAAACGCUACCUGGCGGCUCAGCGCGAAGCCACCUCCGUCCACGACCUCAACGACAAGCUGGAGAACGAAGUGGCCAACAAGGAUUCGCUCUUCAGACAGACGGAGGACAGGAACCGGCAGCUGCAGGAGAAGCUGGAGCUGGCGGAGCAGAAGCUUCAGCAGACGCUCCGUAAAGCUGAGACUCUGCCGGAGGUGGAGGCCGAGCUGGCUCAGAGGGUGGCUGCUCUCACCAAGGCAGAGGAACGCCACGGCAAUGUGGAGGAGAGACUGAGGCAGCACGAGGCCCAGCUGGAGGAGAAGAACCAGGAGCUGCUCAGGGCACGGCAGCGAGAGAAGAUGAACGAGGAGCACAACAAGCGUCUGUCUGAGACGGUGGAUAAGCUCCUAUCAGAGUCCAACGAGAGGCUGCAGCUGCACCUCAAAGAGAGGAUGUCUGCGCUGGAGGACAAGAAUGCCCUGAUCAGAGAGCUGGAGCACACCAAGAAGCUGAUCGAGGAGUCUCACCACGACAAGGAGCAGCUCCUGAUCCAGAUAGAGACGAUGCGGGCGGAGAGUGAGCAGGGGAGGAGCCGGAGCAACUCCUUACUGCACGGACGCUCUCAGAUGGGCAGCACUCCAGACUUCAGGUACCCGGUGUCGGCCUCCUCGAUGAUGGACAGUAACUCGGAUCAUUACGGCAGCGCUCUGGUGCUGCGGCGGCCGCAGAAGGGACGCAUGGCAGCGAUGAGGGACGAGCCGUCAAAGCGACAUGUGCAGACGUUGAACGAGCAGGAGUGGGAGCGCAUGCAGCAAGCUAACGUCUUGGCUAACGUGGCGCAGGCGUUCGAAAGCGACAUGGACGCGUCGGACCUGGAGGAGGACAGAGAGACGAUGUUCAGCUCCGUGGACAUGCUGUCCCCCGGGGGCCAAGCCGACGCUCAGACCCUCGCCCUCAUGCUGCAGGAACAGCUGGACGCCAUCAACAACGAGAUCAGGAUGAUCCAGGAGGAGAAGGAGAACACGGCGAUCCGGGCGGAGGAGAUCGAGUGUCGUGUCGGCAGCGGGGAGAGUCUCGGAGGUCGUUUCCGCUCCAUGAGCUCCAUCCCCCCCUCUCUGUGUGCCGGGUCCUCGCUGGGCGGCUCCCCCCCGGGCUCCGGCAGCUCCACCCCCCGCAGAGUCCCCCGCAGCCCCAACAGAGAGCUGGACCGCAUGGGGGUCAUGACCUUGCCUAGUGACCUGCGCAAGCACCGCAGGAAGUCUGCUCAGGACGAUAAGGCCACGAUCCGCUGUGAGACGUCCCCCCCCACCACGCCUCGCUCCAUGCGCCUCAACAGAGACGCCGGACACGCCUCCAGCCACGAGGACAUCAGAGGUCUCUCCGGGCUGCAGGACGGUCAGGGCAGCAACCCGAGCAGCAGCAACAGCAGCCAGGACUCUCUGAACAAAGCGGCCAAGAAGAAAAGCAUCAAGUCCUCCAUCGGACGCCUCUUUGGGAAGAAGGAGAAGGGCCGACCCAGCAUCCCCGGCAAGGACUCCCCCAACCAAGCGGGCACUCCUGAGGCGGAGGGCUCUCCUAAAGACGGUUUAGGGAUGGGCACCCUGGGGGGUCCUGCAGAGAAGAACAGGAAGCUGCAGAAGAAUCCAAAGACAGGGCAUGAGCUGCUGGAGGAAGCUCGUAUGCAGGGCCUGCCUUUCGCUCAGUGGGACGGACCGACUGUGGUGGUGUGGCUGGAGCUGUGGGUGGGCAUGCCGGCCUGGUACGUGGCGGCGUGUCGAGCGAACGUGAAGAGCGGCGCCAUCAUGUCGGCGCUGUCGGACACGGAGAUCCAGAGAGAGAUCGGGAUCAGCAACCCGCUGCAUCGCCUGAAGCUGCGCCUCGCCAUCCAGGAGAUCAUGUCCCUCACCAGCCCCUCCGCCCCCCCCACCUCCAGAACGACAACAGGAAACGUUUGGGUCACUCAUGAAGAAAUGGAAAGUUUGGCAGCCACGCCUCCCACGGACGAUGACGAGGGCAGCUGGGCCCAGACGCUGGCGUACGGAGACAUGAACCACGAGUGGAUCGGGAACGAGUGGCUGCCGACCCUCGGUCUGCCUCAGUACCGCUCGUACUUCAUGGAGUCUCUGGUGGACGCCCGCAUGCUGGACCACCUCACCAAGAAGGACCUGAGGGGGCAGCUCAAGAUGGUGGACAGCUUCCACAGGAACAGUUUCCAGUGUGGGGUGAUGUGUCUGAGGAGGCUGAACUACGACAGGAAGGAGCUGGAGAGGAGGAGGGAGCACUCUCAGAUGGACCUGCAAG